AUGAAUGAGGACCAGAAGCUCAUUGUACCAGAAACGAGUUUGCUUAAAUACAAAAACCCCGUGCGCGUCUCCCGCAAAUCAACUAAAUCCGAUGACAAAGACUUGGGCAGCUUUGAUCCGCGCAAACUCUGCGAGAUGCAGUCAACCGAAAGCAUUCUCGCCAGCAUCAUGCCUCCACGAAGGCUGGAAAUUAAAGGAGAUCUCUUCAUUCAGGAGGUGUCUUCAACUCCAGCGUCUCGAGCCGAGGUCGUUCAACUGACGAAACAACUGAAUCAGCAACUUGAGGCAAGGGGUGCUAAGAUGACAGGCAUCUGCCCUGUUCGAAGGGAAUUAUUUUCACAGGUUUUCGACGAAUUGAUACGUCAACUGACAAUUCAUUGUGCCGAGCGUGGUUUGCUGUUACUUCGUGUACGGAACGAGGUGCAGACGACCAUAUCAGCCCUGCAGUCAAUUUACGCCUCGGGUGUGGUUUUCGGUUUGCAAAAGUCGUUGGCGCGCGAGGCAGACCGUAAUCACCAGACAAGUCGAGUGGCUGAGUUAGGGGCGGAGAUUGCCAACCUCGAGAAGAGAAUCAAGACCGAAGUGCUGAAUUGCAAGGCCCUGGAGGAAAAGGAGGCCAACCGGCUGGCCGCAGCAACCCGAAGAGCCGAAGAAGACGUCAACUUCUUACGCAAGGGACAUGAACAGCUGAAGAAUCAACUCAAAGACGUUUUGAACCAAUUCAAAAUUGUCAAUGAAUAG